AUGUGGAGCCCGACGCCAGUAAAUACGGUGAGCAUAUUCGCACCCGUCAAGCAUUUGCAUGUGUUCCCGGAAAGACUCACCGUGGACGUCAUUUCAUCGUUGGCAGAAAUCUCGGUGGGGGCAUCGCAGCUGGAAACAUUAGAGAUUGGGGGUGCAAUACCCGGCGCCCAGAUACAUAGGUUGGGUGUCUAUGAUUACCGGCGGUCGCCUAGUCUUAACAAUGGAAUUCUUCAGAAUUUCGCGCAUAGUUUAAGGCGCCUAGCGGUGUACCAGCAGUGGGCCAGUCUUGCUGAUUCCUUCCUGUUGUUCGGCCCUCGUCAGAAGUUGGUGGAUUUGGACCGCCUCGUCAAAAUCGAAGAACUCGUGGCACCAUCCUUCGCGAUUUUCGGGGCGGUGUUCAUGGAGAAACGAGAAGUCAGUUCCUGGCGACAGCGGUGGUGGCACGAGCCAUUCCUCCCCAUGCCGGCGUCGUUCAACCCCGAUGACCCGAAAGCGCCCGAGAAUGUGCCAGAGUACGCCGACCCUACCAACUCGGGAGAUACAAGAAACCCAGACAAGCUUGUCCUGGUGGCGCACACAACAAAGCUAUCACCGGGCCUAAAAGUACUCGAGAUCUACGAGGACGCUUACAGCGACGACAGACGGACUGAGAUACCGCCUGUCCACAGGCGCUUGGGGCUGCCGCGGUCGAGCGGCAAACUCUUCAGACUUAUCAAGGAGUUUGCCUUCAACUUCAGGAAGAGAUUCCCGAAAAUGGAGCGCGUUGUGUUUUGGCGUGCAAACUGGCGCGUACCCAGGCCACCGGCCUAUACCGACGGGGAAUGGGCCAAGCUUGCACCGGUGGAGUGGACAGACGAGGAAGUACAGGAGGCGAAAGAUGCCUUUUGGGCGCAGGGAGUGCACUUUGUGUACAAAGAGUGCACAGAACUCUCCUUUGGAAAACCAUGUUUUUAUUGGAUAGACGCUCAUGAUCUUGGGCCCUUUGUCGAAAGACCAAUCCGUUGA